AUGGAAGCUAAUACUCUAAUGCCUCGAGCAUUUGAUCCAUCAGGUGGUGGGUCUAAAGUGCUUUAUCCUGAUGUCUACGAUCCUAAAUUAGGGUUUCGUGCUGGCCUGUCACCAACUCAGACAUUUACUCUUCCCCCAAAGCCUUCCUUUCCUUCUCCAUCAACACCAGGACCAAUAACGAUACCAACACCAAAUAUUCCACCAUCAGCAACAACUGAUCCGUUUUUCCUGCCAUCUGCUUCUGCCACACCACCUACAAUCAGCAGUGUUGGUGUAAUGACGCCCAAUCACGCCCAGAAAGCAUCCUUUUCAAUCGCAAAUGCAGAGUUACAAAAGAAAGCCGCAGCAGCCGUAUCUAUCAAAGUAACGAUCGGUGCUAUUUCGCGAAUAGACGCUAAUACUGCUAUAGUUAAAUCAGCCGCCCUAUCUGGCAGUAGUAUUAAUAAUGUAGUUGCUAACGUUGAUUUAAAAGUUAUAGCUGAUAAUCCUACUUUUGCUAACUUCCUUGCUCAUGUUGUUCCCCAAGUUAUGUCCCAGAUGCCUACUUUGAAUGAUUUACAAGCGAUAAGAUAUCAGAAUAUUAUGCUUUAUUCACAAGCCUUAUUUAAUCAGACAUCUUUUGCUAGUCAAGCUAUAUCUAUUGGUGGUGUCAUUACAGUAACUGCCGUUGGGUUUUUUAUCUUCAGUUUGGGUAUAGUAGCCGCUGGCAUGGGCGGGAAAAGUGCCUUCAACUGGUUUAAAGGCUUCUCUGGAUUUGGUAAUUUACUGCGCUCACCAGAUGAGUAUGUUACCCAGUAUACUACUUUAACUGAUGAAGAUCCAGUACCUAAUGCUGAUUCAUCCCAAUACCAUCAGUACCACCAUGUUUCCUAUCCUAAUGCAACUGGGUCAAAAUCACAAUCUUAUCUAUCUUCUUUUAACACACAACAAUGCUUCCGCCGGGCUUAUCAUAUGGCAUUGAUUGGCUUUUCAAUUAUGGCAGUUUUAGUUAUUUAUCUUUAUGCCAGUGGUUGUUAUUAUCGCAGUCAUUCUAUAUCUUAUGUUUCUCCAGUUCAUGAAACAUUCCGAGUGCACUUAGUAGCUCUAUUUGACCGAAUCACUAAUAGCACAGCCCUAUCAGGUUUACCUAAAGUCAUUGAGGUUGUCACUACUGAUUUCUGGGCAGUACUCAUGCAUAUAUUCAAGAAUCCAGCUGCAGUUGUUCUAUCCAUCGCUAAAUUCAUUCUGACUAUCAAUGCAGGAAUUGCCAGUAUAGUUUUACUCAGUAUUCUAGUUAAUCUCAAUAAGAAGCUCAUUUGGCCUAAGUAUGCCUUGGCUGUAGCUAAAAACGUCUUCCGCCAUGUCAUACUUACUCUUUUCAUUCUAGUCCCAUUCUUUAUCUUCCUCUACCUCGUCUACUUAGGUCUAGCUUACUUUGGACUACUUGAUUUAGUCCUAGGCAGACCCUUAGCCUACUGCAUUGGCUUCCUCAAUUCGGUUUGUGCCCAAAAAGUCCCCGUCUAA